CGGCUGCCUGGGGCGUGAGGCCCAUCUCGCUCGUACACUGUAGCAAAUAUACUGUAGAACAACGAAGGCUGCCUGGGGCGUGAGGCCCAUCUCGUUCGUUGCCUGGCUCAUCUGCCUGCGGCCUGCCUGUGCGUCUACUUCGAGUCUGGACGAACACGAACCAGCCAGCCACCCGCAGCCCGUUCCCCUGACUUGGACGAACCCUAGGCGCCGCCCGCCGCCUACCCUGCCGGCCAGCUCCGUCCCCUUCGACCCCCUUCUGCGGCAUCAGGUUGCGCCGCUGCGGUGCUGCGGGCUGCUGCCCUGUCCGACGAGGCGGCGACCUCGGCGAGGCGGCAGGCUACCCGGCGUCCGGCGAGCCGCAGCACAUAGCAGACAGCAGAGCAAGAGGCCAAGAGCAAAGGACAGAGACAGUGCAGCAUUGAGCUCUGUUCGUUGGAUGCGUGGCGCUCUAUUCUAAUCUUGAAGGCAAGAUGAGUAAAAGAAACAAGACAUUGAAUUCAUUUUUUCAAGUUCGAACCACAGAAACUGCAGAAACAGGUCCUUCAACUCGAACAACUGAUAAUGCCCCUGGUGUUACGGCUCAACUUAAACCUGGUGAUAUUGAAUCAGACCCUGGUAAGAGAAUACCAAUUGACGAUUUGGAUGCGGACAUUAGAGAUCUUGCUAGAAGGGAGUACUAUAGUAUGGGUCCAUGUCAACCAACUGAUCAUACAUAGAUAAAUGGUAGAGGCUUUCAUGAUUACUGGUAUAAUGAUCAUCGCGGCUGGUUGGAAUAUAGCAUUGAAAAAAGCAGCCUUUUGCUUUUAUUAUUUUCUAUUUAAGCAACCAAGAGCUGCAAACUAUGGUGUUGAGGCGUUCACGAAAAAUGGAUUUAAAUCUUGGAAGGAUGGACCUAAAGUUUUUAAUCAGCAUGUUGGCAAGCAUGAUAGUGCUCAUAAUAAAUCUAGACAACAUUAUGAUGAUUUCAAAAAUCAAAGACAAAAUUUGCCACAUGUGUUUGAUAGGGGUUCUAAGAAGAGAGAAGAAGAAUACAAAGCUCGUCUCUUCAUUAUAUUGGGUAUUGUCAAGUUUUUGACACUACAAGCUCUUGCUUUUCGUGGUCAUGAUGAGUCUGCUAGCUCAAUGAAUAAGGGUAACUUCAAAGAGUUGUUGGACUUGUUCAUAAAGAAAGACCCAAAGGUGGAAAAAUUGUUUGGUGAUGCAGGAGGGAACCAUCUACUGACUUCACAUGAGAUACAAUUGGAUUUAUGCAAGGCUUGUGCACAAGAGACCACCGAAGUCAUUAUAGAGGAGAUUGGAGAUAGGAAAUUUGCUUUACUUGUUGAUGAGUCCAGAGAUGCAUCUAUGAAAGAGCAAAUGGCUAUGUGUUUGAGGUAUCUCAGCAAACGAGGGGAGGUGAUUGAGAGAUUCAUGGCAGUUGAGCAUGUUCCUGACACAAGAUCAACUUCACUGAAGGUAGCUUUGGAUGGUAUGUUUGCUACUCUUGGCUUAUCUAUGUCUAAUUUGAGAGGACAUGGUUAUGAUGGGGCUUCAAACAUGAGAGGGGAAUUCCGUGGGUUGCAAAGAUUGAUCUUGGAGGAAAAUCCUUAUGCUCAUUAUAUACAUUGUUUUGCCCAUCAGUUACAAUUAGUGGUUGUUGCUGUUGCCAAGUGUUGUUCAUCAGUAAGGGAUUUUUUUUGAAUACACAAGCAUGGUGGUUAACAUUGUUAAUGCUUCUUGUAAAAGACAUGAUCAAUUGGCCCAAGAGCAACAUGAUGAAAUAGUGCGUCAAAUAGAGGCUGGGGAACUUCUUGUGGGAAAAGGAAAAAACCAAUUAACAAACCUUGCUAGACCCGGUGAUACACGGUGGGGAUCACAUCAUAAAACCUUGUGUCGUCUUGUUCAGAUGUGGAAACCAGUUCUAAAGGUAUUAGAAAAUCUACACAAUGAUGCAGAUAAUGUUGCACAAAGAACCACAGCCGCAGGAUUGAUAAAGCAAAUGGAGUCCUUUGAAUUUGUUCUCAUAUUGCAUCUUAUGAUUACAUUAUUGGGCAAGACUAACAAUCUGUCACAAUGCUUGCAACUGAAAAAUCAGAAUAUUGUACGUGCUGUUGGAUUGAUUAAAACCACAUUAGAUGAUAUUCAAAAUAUAAGGCAGAAUGGUUGGGGUGAGCUCUUUAAAGAGGUAACAGACUUUUGUGUCAAGUACAACAUUGUAGUGCCAAAUAUGGAAGAUACUAGAACUGCUAAUGGGCGUUCAAGGACUUGGGGUAGGCAGUUGGUAACUUACAACCAUCAUUUCAGAAAUGAAAUAUUCAAUGUGUUGCAUGAUCAACUUAUUGUGGAGUUAAACAACCGCUUUGCUGAAAGGUCUACUCAAUUGUUGAGAUGCAUUGCUUGUCUUGAUCCCAAGAAUUCAUUUGCCAAUUAUAAUGAAGACAAGCUAGUAGACCUUGCUAAUAUGUAUGCUGCUGACUUCUCUACAUAUGAAGUUACUUUUGUCCUUAGAAACCAACUAGACUCAUUCAUUCAGGAAGCAAGAGUUGAUACACAUUUGAUGAAUUGCAAUGACCUUGGUCAUCUUGCCAUAAAUAUGGUUACAAGUAAUAUGCACACAACUUUUCCCUUGGUUUACCGUCUUGUUGAGUUAGCAUUGAUUUUACCUGUUGCAACCGCAACAGUGGAAAGUGCAUUUUCAGCAAUGAGCAUUAUCAAGACUGGAUUGAGGAAAAAAAUGGGUGAUGAUUGGAUGAAUCAUAGAAUGGUAUGUUACAUUGAGCGGGAUGUAUUUGUGAGUAUUGGAGAAUCAAAGAUCAUUGAGCGAUUUCAAGGUUAUCGCAGUCGCAAAUGCCUUUUGCCUCGUCCUGGACGUUUAGCUUCUUCGACUAUUGAAGAUGUUGUUAUGGGAGGGUCAGAUCAACCAAUCCUUUGAUUUGGUAUUAAUCUUUUGGAUCAUCUAUAUAUGCUACAUAUUGUCUUUUGAUUUAUCUUGCUUUAUUAGUUGACCCAUCAUGGAACAAAUGCUGCCAUGGAAUAUUAUGUUUGGUGUAUUAUUAGUUAUGCAACAUAAAUUGACUUUCGUAUGCGUUGAAACUGGAGUUCUUUUUGGGUAGCUUUUAGCCCUUAGUUUCUCGCCUGGGUUGUCAGCCAAUCCUGGCUCCGCCACUGGCUAUUAGCAUUGCUCACUUGCAGUUUGUUUCUUUAAUUCUGGCGCUAAUAGCAGGUGUACGAAAUCCCAGGAAUUAUUGUUCGAUCCCUGCCGCUGUUCUAUGUUUCUUUAAGUCUGGUGCUUCAACCUUGAAAUGAGAAGUUGAGUGUGGCAGUGGCUUGCACAGCGCGGCAUUGACCAGGAGGUUCCACGGUCGAUCCGCAGCUCGAUCACGCUCUCUUUUUUUGCGUUUUUUGAUAUGACGAUCGUGCCAAUGGAAGUGGGCCGGUCCAGGCUAGCGGCCCCCUGUGCAAAACAUGCGGCGCCCUGUGCGAAACGUCGGCACUUUGCUGCAACGAGCGGCAAAUAGGAAGUCCCCUGUGCGGCUGCGAGGACUCAUGGAGACAUGUGCUCCUUUCAUGUACCAUGUCACGUUGUAUUUGGGCUCUCUUAGACGAUCAACUUGUGGCGCAGAUGACUUCCAAUGAAGAAACAAACGCCAAGCACUGGAUGUUCGUAUGCAUGCUACACUAAGCCAUGACCUGUUCACAAGAAUGGUGGUAACAUUAUAGUCAGUUUGGUAUGUUCGACGGAAAGCAAUCCAUGAGGCAAUAUUUCAGAGCCCGGUACAAACCAUCGCCUUUGUGGACUCCUACUUACAUGAGCUGCAACAUCUACAGAAGCCGACUGUGCGGUCUUCUGGAGUCGGCCGAUCUCCCCGACCCACAGAGGAAAGAUGGCUCGCGCCGCUCCAAGACUGUAUGAAGAUGAAUGUUGAUGGUGCGGUCGCUCGCCACAGAAGAGGAGGAGCAGUUUCGGCAAUAUGUAGAGACAGUCAAGGAAUUUACCUUGGGUCCUCAGCGAUGGUGUAUCCCGUUGUGACCGACCCAGUGAUGCUCGAGACAUUCGCCUGCAGGGAAGCUCUAUCACUUACAGAGGAUCUUAAUCUGCAUAAGAUCAUGGUGGCGUGUGACAGUCAGGGAGUGAUUGACGACAUCAACAAGGGACGGGAGGACCCCAUGCUGCUAUAGUACAUGAAAUAAUAGGGCGUAAGAGUGGUUUUCAGUUUUGUAAUUUCAUUCAUGAGCGUAGAAACUAUAACUUUGAGGUUCAUAAGCUCGUCAAGUUCUCUUGUAACCUGCAAUUAGGUAGACAUGUGUGGUUGGGAACUCCUCAUGACCCAACAGUUGUACCAAUGAACAUUGCGUUGGAAUAAAAAGCUUGGCG